AUGGUGGGGCCUUCAAUCGCCUUAUUUAUACCAACUGUAUUGCCACACUCUCCCAUACACAAACCUAAUUUGCAAAACCUUUCAAUUUUUUGGUCCAAAAGUCCCAAUCUGCAGUUAAGCAUACAGUCCUUUUUUGUUUCACUACUGGUAGUCUGCUGCUUCUCGAUGCCUUCUCAUUUCUGUGUCCCCUUUAUGGCUCCAAUUUUCUCUGUGCUUCUUGCUUUUCUCAUAAUUUCCUCAGGCAAUGCUCAGGGUCCACCGUCCCCUGGAUACUCUCCCAGCUCCAGGGUUAGUUCUGUGGACUUCGAUCAAGGGUUUAGAAAUCUAUGGGGUCCCCAGCAUCAGAGAAUAGACCAGGGUUCAUUAACAGUCUGGCUUGAUAAAAGCUCAGGAAGUGGUUUCAAGUCACUUCGUUCGUACCAAUCUGGUUACUUUGGUGCUGCCAUCAAGCUCCAACCAGGUUACACAGCAGGAGUCAUUACAUCUUUCUAUCUUUCAAACAAUGAAGAGCACCCUGGGUACCAUGAUGAAAUUGAUAUUGAGUUCCUUGGAACAACACCAGAUAAGCCCUACACUCUGCAGACUAACGUGUACAUCAGAGGAACUGGGGAUGGAAACUUAAUUGGGAGGGAAAUGAGAUUCCAUCUAUGGUUUGAUCCUACCCAAGACUACCAUAACUAUGCUAUCCUGUGGACCCCUAGUGAGAUUCUGUUUUUCGUGGAUGAUGUGCCCAUCAGGAGGUACGCAAGGAAGAGUGAAGCCACGUUCCCAACGAGACCGAUGUGGGUGUACGGAUCAAUAUGGGAUGCAUCAUCUUGGGCCACCGAGAAUGGAAGGUACAAGGCUGAUUACAGCUACCAACCCUUUAUUGGUAGGUACACGAAUUUCAAACUAACUGGCUGCAACGCCGACGGCCCCACCUCCUGCCGCCCUCCCUCCGCCUCUCCCUCCGGCUCCGACGGCCUCAGUGAACAACAAGCCUCUGCCAUGAACUGGGCCCAAAGGAACUAUUUGGUGUAUGACUACUGCCAUGACCCCAAGAGGGACCAUACACAGACGCCCGAGUGCUAAUAAUUUUUAACCAACUAUUGCAAAUAUAUUAAUCCAAGUUUGUUUGAUUUGGGGGUUUGUUGAGAUGGGUCCUGCUUGCCAAGAAAAGGUGCAACAGUGAUUGCGCGUCCAAAGCCUCUCAAAGAUUGGCAUAUAUAUAUAUAUAUGGCCUUGUUGGUUUUUGUUUGUAUUUGUUUUGUUGUUGCUGUUUGCAUUGUUGCUUGGAAUAAAAAUGAUUAUGCGAGUGCCUUCUUACAAAGAAAGACAGUACGUAUGGGAGAAUUUGUCACGAGAUAUGAAAGGAAACAGAAACGGCCAAAGGGGCCUUGCAUGUUUCUAUUCAC